UGAAGGAAGUGGAGCUCUCCACCCUCCAGCCGCCCCCCUGACACUUCUCAUACAUAUUACCGACGCUUAUUCACGGGGAACUCGCAGCACAAAGUCACAUCGCGUCCCUGUGUGCGCAACAGAUUCUCACCUGUAAUUCUAGCCCAAAUUGCGCCUUUUUUGUCGGUUUCUGCAGCAGCCUAGGCGCCCCGUCGGAUCCUCCGCAGGCAGCGGUUUCUUUCCUCCGCACACCUCCAACUUUACGCGCCAGCUGGUGCGCACCGCACCGACCUGCCGGGGCGCUGCUGUCACCGAUUCCCGGUUGCGUCUCUCCUGCAUGCCGGGGCUCCAGUUCGGCGGUGAUGAAGGACAGGAGUGCUGAGAUCAAGCUCAAGCGUUGAGUUUUUAUUUGGAGCUCUCGAACGAAACCCGCGUCUCUGUCAAGUUGGUAAUUGGACUUUUUCUUAGCUGCUCAAGAACAAGACACGCGGCGUCUGCUUCGAUAGUUUUCUUGUUCUAUCCAUAAAAUAGAAGAUAAAAAAGGGAGCGUUUGCCUUCAGAGACUGUAAAAAAAAAAGACCUGAGGAUCCAUGAUGAGCAAACCCGCUGGUUCAACAAGUGGCUGUUUGGAUAUUCUGAACGUCAAAUCAAGUCGGAUUCUGGACAUCCCGUGCAAAGUGUGCGGCGAUCGCAGCUCAGGGAAACACUACGGUGUUUACGCAUGCGACGGCUGCUCGGGAUUCUUCAAGAGGAGCAUCCGGAGGAACCGAACAUACGUGUGCAAGUCGGGCUCACAGGGUGGCUGUCCCGUUGACAAAACCCACAGGAACCAAUGCCGAGCGUGUCGUUUGAAAAAGUGUCUGGAAGUGAACAUGAAUAAAGACGCCGUCCAGCAUGAAAGGGGCCCCCGGACAUCCACCAUCCGCAAACAAGUCGCCCUUUAUUUCCGGGGCCACAAAGAGGUGAACGGCUCCUCGACCCAUUUCCCGGGAUCCUCGCUGCCCGGGCCUCCCUUCUUCACUACCGUCACACAGCUGGAUCCCCACAACCUGGAGAUGAGCUCAGUGGCCACCACGCCAGAGAGACAGGCCAUCGUGGGCCUAGCGCAACCCACCCCCAAGUAUCCGCAUGAGGUCAGCGGCACCCCCAUGUACCUGUACGAGGUGGCCACAGAGUCCGUGUGCGAGUCUGCAGCACGCCUCCUCUUCAUGAGCAUCAAGUGGGCCAAAAGUGUUCCCGCAUUCUCCACCCUGCCUCUGUCUGAUCAGCUGAUUCUGUUGGAGGAUGCCUGGAGGGAGUUGUUUGUUCUGGGCAUCGCUCAGUGGGCAAUUCCUGUGGACUCCGCUACUCUUCUUGCUGUCUCUGGGAUGAACGCAGAAAACCCAGAGUCUCAGCGGAUGAACAAGAUCAUGUCUGAGAUCCAGGCGCUUCAGGAGGUGGUCACCAGAUUCCGACAGAUGCGCCUCGACGCGACCGAGUUCGCUUGUUUGAAAUGCAUCGUAACAUUCAAAGCGGUUCCUACGCAAGGCAGCACUGAAUUAAGAAGUUUUCGCAAUGCCAGCGCCAUCGCUGCACUACAAGAUGAAGCACAGCUCACCCUUAACAGCUACAUCCACACCAGGUAUCCAACUCAGCCCUGCCGCUUCGGGAAGCUGCUGCUGCUCCUCCCAGCGCUCCGCUCUGUCAGCCCCUCCACCAUAGAGGAAGUGUUCUUCAAAAAGACCAUCGGAAACGUUCCCAUUACCAGACUUCUCUCCGACAUGUACAAAUCAAGUGAUAUAUGAACUCUGAACUGUCCAGAGGUGUGGAAAAAGACUCUAAGGGAUCUAUCCAGGUCUGGACAAAAGGUCAAAUCAACGUAGGUGCAGCAGAUGCGGGUUGAAGUUUUUGAGGAGCACAAAAUCCUUUAGGCUGACUUAGACUAUAUCCUGUAAGCCUAUAGGCUCCACACUGAAGUAAAGACUGAAAUACAGCCGGAUUGCCUAUUAACAGUUGCACUAGUUAAGGAUUAGGUUCUGAAAACUGCAGUUUACAGUAUUUAAAUGUCGCCUUAAGACUCUGGAAGAGCACCUGCCAAGUCCGUUUUAAAAAGAAAUGCUGUACAUUCUGAUGUCUUUUGAGUGUCUUAGAGACCAAUGAGCUUGACAACCAAUUUAAUCUUGUAAUUGCUGUGUUCAAUCCCAGUGGAGGAAACCAAAAAGAUGCCCCAACAGUGAAAGGGCCCCCGUCGCUGUUCCUGGAUCAAGUGCUGAAACCAAAUGCACAAAAAGGGGGCAACGAUGAAGAAGUCCCAGCUCCACAAAGGAAAAUGACUGCGAAAUGUUCCUGUAAAAUUAUUCAAGGGUGUCUUUUCAGUGGCUGCUGUCCCUGUUUGUGUCAGUGUGUCCUGUUUUCAGACGCAGCAGCAUUUAAAAUGUGUGUUUAGGUCGACUUUGUGAAGACAGACACUAACACUGGAUAAAAUAAUAUUCAGCACUUGGAAAUGUUCUUUUGUGGCCUAUGUUGAUUUGUUUGCUGUAAAUAUCUUGAGUUAUAACUAUUUAGAGUUGUAACAAAGAGAAUAAAAGAGGCAAAGCUUGAA